AUGGAGCAGCAUCAUCAUCUCCCACUCUCCUUUGAGGAGUUUAUAGCCUUUCAACGCUCUGAGAGCCUUGCCGAAUACGAGGCCUGGGGACAAGCCGUGGUCCAAUACAACCAGCAGCUUGAUGAGCAGUCAGAUGCCACCACCUUAGCCAAUACCAGCACCGAGAUCCCCCUCGGUGAGAGUACCCGCCUCGACCACCCGCCCGUUAACGCGGCUGGGGAAAACCACAUCCUCAUAGCAUGCAAGCCAGACGACCCCAUCGCCCACGAACGGGUCAGGGAGAACACUGAGCGCCUGAUCAAUUCGGGUGUUGUUACCAAGUUGUGCAUCGACCGCACCUUUGAAGUCUCCCUCUUGGAGCGAACCGAGACUUCAGGAGCACUCCAGGAUAAUGCCGAGACUGACAAAAAGCGUGCCCGGGAGGCCCAUAUGCGCUUCUGGUCGGCAUUUAGAGGAAGUGACAAGGACAUUGAAAAUAGUCUUUAG